GAAACAUAAAUACAGAGACAAAGUCUUUGCAUUUGUAUGCUAAACAACUUCCAGUGCAUUCAUUGGCAUUUUCCUUUGCAUUUCCUUUAUAUUCAUCUUAAGUUUAUUGAUUCUGUAGCAGCACAAGCUAAAGAGGAUGGUUAGUCUAGUUUCUCGCACGGGAAGGGAUAUGCAGCGAUACAAUCACGGCCAUCGCCAAGUAGUGGGAUGUAUUCCAUACAGAUAUAAAGGUACAAAUGGGACAUCUAUAGUGGAUGAGGACGCAAUUGAAGUUUUGGUUAUCACUUCACAGAGAAAAGGGAAAGGGAUGUUGUUUCCAAAGGGAGGUUGGGAGGAAGAUGAAUCCGUUAAAGAAGCAGCAUUGCGUGAAACGGUGGAGGAAGCUGGGGUAGUAGGUGAAGUCGAGUGUCAGUUGGGUAAAUGGACUUUCAAGGGAAAAAAUGGCGACACAUGUUAUGAGGCAUUCAUGUUCCCUUUACUUGUCAAAGAGCAACUAGAUUUUUGGCCAGAGAAAGACGUCCGGCAAAGAAUAUGGGUUAGUGUUAGAGAAGCUAGGAAAGUUUGCCAGUAUUGGUGGAUGAAGGAAGCCUUGGAAACAUUCGUGAAGCACCUCUCAUCACAAGGUACUGAGGGUGAAAACGAGUGCUGUUCACCAAGCCAGGGGACAAACAGUAAUUUGUAGCGAACUUAUUAAGGUUGUCUUAACAGAAUGCCAUCAGGUGAUGGAAAGGCCAGGUGACAGCCACUUCAACUCGAAUAAAAUGAGAACCGGAAUUAGGUAUAUAUCGAACACUUGUUACAUUUUCUCUGAAUUGUGAGUCUUGUACAGAAAUCUACUUCUAGUUGCAAUGCUUGUAAAACCUAGUUCUUAAUCAAUGUUAAUUGAUGUGUUUUAUUUGUUUGUGUUCUUC